AUGGCAAACACUUUCGGGCACUUAUUCAGAAUCACGACCUGGGGCGAAUCGCAUGGCGACGCAAUAGGCGUUGCUGUUGACGGCUGCCCGCCAAGACUGCCCCUCGAAGUCGAGGAAAUACAGAAGGAACUCGACCGCCGCCGACCCGGGCAGAGCGAAAUUUCCACGCAACGAAGGGAGGGCGACCGCGCCGAAAUACUGUCCGGCGUGUUCGAGGGUGAAACGCUCGGCACACCCAUCCUCAUCGGCGUAUGGAACAGCGACGCGCGCAGCAAGGACUACGACCACAUGCGCCGCGUCUAUCGCCCGUCCCACGCCGACUACAGUUACGACGCCAAGUACGGCAUACGCAACUGGAAGGGCGGCGGUCGCGCCAGCGCACGAGAGACCAUCGGGCGCGUGGCAGCGGGUGCAAUUGCCAAGAAGAUUCUGGCUCGCGAAUUCGGCGUCGAGAUUGUCGGCUAUGUCAAGCAAGUCUGGAAGCUGCACGCCGAUGUUGACCCGUCCACAGUGACGCAGGAGGAUGUCGAGUCCAACAUCGCGCGAUGCCCGGACCAGGACAUGGCAGUGCAGAUUAUCGAGCGCAUCAAAGAGGCGCGCAAGGACGGCGACUCGCUCGGCGGCGUGGUGGAGUGCGUGGCGCGUGGCGUGCCAGUGGGCUUAGGCGAGCCAGUGUUCGACAAGCUCGAAGCCGAUCUCGCGAAGGCUGUCCUGUCCAUGCCGGCCUGCAAGGGCUUCGAGGUCGGAUCCGGAUUCGGAGGCACUACGCAGACCGGUUCACAGCACAACGACCCGUUCUACAGCGAGGGCGGUGGCAUACAGGGUGGCAUCAGCAACGGCGAGGACAUCAUCAUCAGGGCGGCGUUCAAGCCCACCGCAACGAUAAUGCAAUUACGCGGACGAGGGCGCCACGAUCCCUGCGUGCUGCCCCGAGCUGUGCCAAUCGUGGAAUCCAUGAUGGCACUCGUUCUCGCCGACCACGCCCUUCGUCAGCGGGGUCAAAGAGGCAGCGUGUAG